AUGGCCAUCGUCGCUCUCUUGCCUCUCGACCAGUUCAGCUGUAGGGGAGAAAUUCUCUGUCUAUUUGAUCAUCAGCGCAGCUGCUGCAUCUGCGGCCACUCCCAACGCCUAAAACAGUUGGCUCUGGAUGCCUCUGUCUCUGCACUCUCGAGCGGUGGCUUCCUCCCGCACAACGGCGACUACGGCUACGACAAACGCUGGCGACAUGCUGAACUGGCUGUACAGGUCCCUCCACCUCCGCAACUAGGGUACACUGUCCGGAUUAGCGGUCAUUCGCGCAAAUUGGCGGCACGCGACGCCUCCCUCGCGGCCCAACUGGGCCAACUCUGGCAUCUGUUACUUCAGAUUGCAUGCAAGAACCCAGAACACCAGGAUAAACUCGUUGAUAUUCUCGUGGAUAUGUCCCUUCUCCCGGACGUUACAAAGCCCGGUGACCAUGGACAAGAUGAGCCGUUGAUUCUCCACAGGAAGCAAGUGUGGAAGGACCUGCCGAUGCUGGACUGGGAGAUUUGGCGCCACUUGGAUUACUCGAUUCCUGCCCCAGGUACCAAGAAACCGGAGGAGAGAGAAGCCGCGAUUACAAGGACGGUGAAUGUGAAUCGCUUUCUCGCCCUUCUCGUCGCAACCGAGGAGCCUAUUUUCGAGUGGGGUUCGUUGUUGCGCUCGUGA